GAGAAGCUUGGCUUGUGUUUACAUGGUUCACACUGAAAUUUAUGGAUCUUAAGUCUUGAGAAAAAAUUAAAUACACACACACAGAGGUUUGGAUCUUUAUAAAAAAUUAGUCACUUUUAAUUUUCUAUCACGUUUGUUUAAUCUCUUUGUUUCAGAUAUGGGAACUAUCAAAAGUAAUCCACUUAUCUACCAUUAACAAGGAAUGUGGGUGGAAAUGAUCAUAUGUGAUUGAUGAACUCCAUAUGCAACUUUUAAACUAGUCUUCUUAAUCCUUAAAUUUUUUGCAAGAGAAACACAAAGAAAUCUGACGAUUUUGUGCUCAAAUAAUAUCUGUGUUUACUUGUUGCAAAAGCAAGCCAUAGUUUCAAAUAAACAUUCACAUUUUUUUUCCUUGGCAUUAGUUUCUUUCUAAUAUUUAUCUCUAAUUCUUGGGGUAUUUGAUCUAAAAGGAGUUUGUUCAUCAAAGAAGGUAGAUACUUUCAUUCUUGAGCAAGAUGGAUAAAAGAGUUGCCAAGCAUGAUGAAAAAAAGUCUGCGCCCAAAAAUGAGACACAAAACUUGCCCCAACCCUUGCCAUCUCCAUGGUCUACUUCUACACAGGUUUAUCAUAAUUUUGGGCCUGCUGCAACUUCCAGUGUAAAUUCUGCUAGUUCUCUUUUUCAUUCCCCCUGGUUUGGAAGCCAGAUAUGGCAUAUGCCAAUUCCAUAUGAUUCUGUACAUCAAAGGAGGUCAUUCUCCAAUCUCUAUCCUAUGGCAACAGCAGGGUUUGGUCAGAGUUCUUUGUUAGUUUCUGUGGAUGGAUCGAUACAAAGGGCAUCUACUGAAUUAAACAAUAAUUUAAUGGGAAAAGGCCUUCAAUCCCAGGAAUCCAGGCCUUCAAUCCUAAAAACCAAUGGGGAAGGACUAACAAGGAGUGCGACUAGCAAAAGCAGGGAAACAACAGUUGUAGGCCAUGAUGUUAAGAAUGCCGGUGGAGCAACAAAAUUUAAAAUAAAGGAUUUGCCUUCAGUUAAGCCGCAGCAAUCCAGUAUGAUGCCAUUGCCUGGAAAUGGGGGAGGUGUACAGAAUGUGAUUAGUAAUGAAAAUCGCAAUGCUGUUCAUGAGAAUAGAAAUAUUGCAUCGGAUCAUUUUGAAGCAAAUCCAACUGAGCUGAAUCAGAAAUUGACUACAGCUCCCAAUGCAACUGGCAAUAAUCCACAUCUUAAAGAAAAGGAGAGUGAUGAAACAAAAGAGAAAAGAAAAAGGCAGGAAAAUAAGAUAUCAGCCAAGAGAACAAAGAGGAAGAUCAUGAAGCUGCAGGAUAUCCCUUCAACUAGGCAGGGGCAUUCCAGUAUGAUGCAUGGAAAUGGGGGAGCUUCACAGAAUGUGACUAGCAAUGAAACUUGCAAUGCUGUUCAUGAGAAUAGAAACAUUGCAUCAGAUCAUUUUGAAGCAAAUCCAACUGAGCUGCAGAAUCAGAAGUUGGGUACAGAACCCAAUGCAUCUGGCAAUAAGCGUCAACUUAGAAAAAAGGAAACUGCUGAAGAAAAAGAACAAAGAAGAAAACAGCAAAAGAAGAUAGCAUCUAAGAGAUCAAGGAUGAAGAUAAAGAUGGAACGUGAAAAGUUAAUUGAUUCCUUGGAGAGUCUUGAUGAUGAAAAGGCUGCGCUCAGGGAAGAGCUUCAUGACCGUACUAUUGAGUGUGAGAAGAUCGAAAAAGAAAACAAUGCCUUACUGGCAGAACUCAUUGAGGAAUAUGGUGAAGAAACAAUAAUGAACCUUCUGAAUGCACAGUCUACUGACUCAGUUGCUGGUGGUGGUCAAGGCUCAAAAAACAGUUGAGGAUUCAAAUUACAACUUUUAUCAGGAUUUAUCAUUUUCACAUUACAGGCCUGUUAGGAUUUUUUUAUAUAUAGAAAUCUCUGAAGCCUAAAAAAGUGACAGGGUGCAUAAUAAUGUUUUUAUUCAAUAGCCUUCAAAACAUUUACAUGAUAAUUUAAUAGUACUGUCCAAUUUGUUGGCUCGACAUUGAGACUUUUUUUAUGAGGCUCUCUGAAACUUGCUUUA